CAUUCGGAUUCAGCUCACCCUAAUCAUGCCUCAUCCUCUCUCUCUCGCCUUCAUUUUAUCAGUUCCCUCUCCAUUCUCCAUCGCGCUCUCUCUCACCGAGUCUAUCGACUCUCUCCAUCACGCCAUGACCACGCCUAGCUAAAGCUCUCUCUCUCUAACAGAGUCUAUCGACUCUCUCUUCCUCAAGCCCCGAUACUCUAAAGUCCGACUGAACAACACCAUGUUUAGUCUCUCUUCACUCUUUCCCGUUGAGCUGUUGGAGCACACACGAGCACAGAGCAGCUAAACCAAGACCCAGUAGAUUGAACCAAUUUCAAGGAUGCUGCUGCUUCUGGAACUCGAACCAAUUUCAAGGAAAGCUUGUCGUGGCAGGCUCAUAGAGGCCUCGUUCUCUCUCUCAUUAUCACAGCAUAUGGUACCUCAACUGGAUCCGCAGUGUUAUGAUUUAACUUUAUCAUUUACAUUUUUUAUUGCCCAAAUUUCAUUUCUUUGGCUUAAAGAAAAUUUUGUCUUGACUUUUGCUGUUCCAGGAGACCUGUGGUCGGGUUCAGAGGCUGGUGUUAUUAAGAUAUGGCCUUGGGAAGCUAUUGAAAGAUCUUUGUCUUUAACUGUUGAAGAAAGGCCCAUGGCUGCACUACUUGUAGAGAGGUCCUUCAUUGACCCAAGGGGCCAACUUGCUGCAAAUGGUUUCGUCAAUGUCUUUAAUUCCGAUGUCAAGUGCCUCUUAUCUGAUGAUUCCAGAGCCAAAGUGUGGACUGCUGGUUAUUUAUCCUUUGCAUUAUGGUAGGUCUUGAGGGGAGUUCUGUUGGGCAGUGGUGGCUGGAUAUGAUUGACAAAACAUUGGAUGAAGGAUCAACAUUUG